CAGUUGAAAACUCGCAGUAGAGGCUGUGUGUCCUGGAUGCUCCUCAGCACACAGCAGCAGCAGCAUCACCAUCUCGGGCGCGCUGGAGGCGAACAGCCAGUUCUCACACACACACACAGAGAGGCUAACGGUGUUCCUCUGGAUUUCUCCUCUGCCUCGCCACAGAGCCAUACAUCCUCCUCACCGAUGUUUCCGACCGACUGAAACACGGGGAUUUACUCCUUCCGGUUAUGUUUUAUUGACUGUUAAGUUAGAAAAGCACAGCCCAACCCUGUGUGCAUUAUGUUUUUGUUAGCAUUCCAUGCUAGAAGACGUUUGACUAGCGCGUAUCCGGGGCCGCUGGGUUUGCAGUUCGUGCUGUGGAUUGUAUGCGCUGUUUACGGAGAGGAGCAGCCCUUCAGUGUGGAGGCAUGGCUGCAGAGGUAUGGAUACCUUCCCCCCACAGACCCUAGAAUGUCAGUCCUGCGCUCAGCUCAGAGUAUGCAGUCUGCUAUCGCUGCCAUGCAGCGGCUCUACGGACUCAAUGUUACCGGUGCAUUCGACAAGACCACCAUAGACUGGAUGAAAAAGCCUCGCUGUGGUGUACCGGACCAGCUUGGUGGUGCCUCCAGAUUCAGUGUACGGAAACGACGCUAUGCUCUCACAGGACAGAAGUGGCAACACAAGCAUAUCACAUACAGUAUAAAGAACGUCACACCCAAGGUGGGCGCAGACGAGACUCAUGAUGCCAUCCGACGGGCAUUUGAUGUGUGGCAGAAUGUGACACCACUGCGUUUUGAGGCCGUUCCCUACAGUGAACUGGAGCGAAAUAAGAAAGACGUGGAUAUUACAAUCAUAUUUGCCUCUGGCUUCCAUGGAGAUAGCUCUCCCUUCGAUGGGGAAGGCGGCUUUCUGGCGCAUGCUUACUUCCCUGGGCCAGGCAUUGGAGGAGACACACAUUUCGACUCAGAUGAGCCCUGGACCCUGGGGAACCCUCACCAUGAUGGAAAUGACCUGUUCCUGGUGGCUGUGCAUGAGCUGGGCCAUGCAUUAGGUUUGGAGCACUCCAAUGACCCCACAGCCAUCAUGGCCCCCUUCUAUCAGUACAUGGACACAGAGAACUUCAAGCUGCCUCAUGAUGACCUCCAGGGCAUCCAGAAGAUUUAUGGGCCCCCAGACAAGAUUCCUCAGCCUACGAAACCUUUACCAACAGCCCCCCUUCCACGAUCUCACCCCCCCACAGACCCGCGAAAACAUGACCGUCAGACACGACCACCACGUUUACCCACAGGAGACAAACCAGCUCAUCCCAACGCCAAGCCUAACAUCUGUGACGGUGACUUCAACACGCUUGCCAUCUUGCGUCGAGAGAUGUUUGUGUUUAAGGAUCACUGGUUUUGGAGGGUCAGAGACAACACAGUAAUGCCAGGCUAUCCCAUGCUCAUCAACGUGUUCUGGAGGGGUCUACCGGCCAAGAUAGACGCCGUCUAUGAGAACUCCGAGGGCAAGUUUGUCUUUUUUAAAGGAAAGCAGUUCUGGGUAUUCAAAGACACCAUACUCCAGCCUGGCUACCCAAAGGAUAUCUCCAUGUUUGGGAAUGGCAUGCCAGCACAGAGUAUUGAGACUGCCGUCUGGUGGGAGGAUGUAGCCAAAACCUACUUCUUCAAAGGAGACAGAUAUUGGAGAUACAAUGAGGAUAUGCGGACCAUGGAUCCUGGAUACCCAAAGUCCAUUGCAGUGUGGAAAGGUGUUCCAGAUUCUCCUCAGGGUGCCUUCGUAGACAAAGCGAAUGGUUUCACAUACUUCUACAAAGAUAAAGAGUACUGGAAGUUCAACAAUCAGAGGCUGCGGGUGGAGCCUGGCUAUCCUCGCUCCAUCCUCAAGGACUUCAUGGGCUGUGAUCUGAUACCCAUUGACCCUGAACACAUCCCCACUGAAGACGUGGACAUCGUCAUUAAGCUCGACAACGAGGCCAGCACAGUGAAAGCCAUCGCCAUAGUCAUCCCCUGCAUCCUGGCACUGUGCCUGCUGGUGCUGCUCUACACCAUCUUUCAGUUCAAGAGAAAGGGUACACCACGUCACAUACUGUACUGCAAGCGCUCCAUGCAGGAGUGGGUGUGAGACAGAGCCCUGCCCAGGCCAGCCCCUUUACUCCCAUUCUCCCCUGGCAAAUGCCACGGUGGUAUAGCCCACCUUAAACCUGCGUACGGCCCUGAUCUCCCUCUGUCUCUCUCCAUUUCUCUGAGGAGCAGAGAGGGCCUUUGCCUAAAUCUACCCCCUCCAGGAGAGGAAGGGUGCAUCAUCCUUACUCCCAUUCCCUUUCCCUUCAGCUCAGCGCACCCGCUUUAAGACUAGGGAGGGUUUCAGAUCAGACUCCCAUGGUGCAUUGCGAUAUCCUGCAUCAAAUCAGGUCUUAACUGUUUUAAGUGGGGGGAAAAGCUGAUUGCUAUAGCCCUAGGUUUUACUCCCAACUGCACGCUUGAUAGAGAGAAAAAAAGAAUAGAGAAAAUUGCUGAUCAUAAAAGUUACUUGAAUUCAACAAAUUAAUUUCUUUUCAUUUGAUUUUUUUAGCCUUUUGUUUGGCUUUGACCCAUACAUUUUAUUUUUAACCAUAUAUUUACAAUUCCCUUUAAGCACUCCUGAAAAAAGAGAAUCCAAACCAAAUAAAGAUUUCUCUCCAAAAAGGAUUAUUAUUUUUUUUAAAUUAUUAUUAUUAUUAUUAUUAUUAUUUUGUUACUGCAUUCUUUUCUUUUUCUCUCCCUGCUCCUAAACUUACAGUGAUAAGAAGUGGGUAACUCAUGACUGUUCUGGCAGUCUGUCUCAAAAAAACAGGGGCCAAAAUAUUCUGCAAUAUUUUUAACAGCCUUAAUUGUAGAUUUUUUUUUUUUCCUUUUUUUGAGCUUUGCUUUGUCAGCAAGCCAGUGGGUGGUGUCUGUUGCGUUGCUACCUUUGUCCUCUUUUUGUUAACCAAGUUUGCCACUGCUCGGUUCCGUCAAGUCACUGGAACAGGAGCAAGCAGUAGUGUGCACGUAAAGUGAAAUAUGUCAGUGGGAGCAGAGGGAAAGUUUCUCAUCACUCCAUCAGCUAAUAUGUUACUGCUACUAUCUGAUGUGCUCUAUCAGUAUAUCAAUCAGAUAGUGCUUCGGGGAGAAUAGCUUGUUUGUUCCUGUUUACCUGCCCUGCAACAGAGCCAGGAGUGCUGGUGCUCCUCUCUGGAAGGAACUUGCAGUCAGCAGAGAGUGUGUCAACUCUUCUGGACUGCCUUGUUUUGGUGGGUGGUGUUGAUAUCCCAAAGCCUUGGCACACACUGCACAUGGACAAGAGCAUCUCAGGACACUGCUUGUGCAUACGAGCAUUCAUAUCUGCAUUUGGGUCCUCUGCCUGACUACAGAGUAUGAAAGAAAAGAAAUAAAUCAUAUGGUCAUGGUAGGUUAAAAAAAUCUGGAUGGAGCCAGAACUGUUAAUACGCCUCGCGGCAUGCAACUUGAACUCAGCCUAUUGCAUUGGAAGGACUUGUUCUGAAACUCUUAAAUAUACAGUACCUUGCUUGCAAUUGUCUUUUUAUUUGUUUUCUUAUAUUCUUGGUACAAUAAAGAACAAAAAAAAUGAAUGAUCUCAACCUCAAGGUACAAGUGGUACUCAGAAGAGCUGAGCAGUCAUCAGGAAUUCUUAUUUUUGGCUGAUACUGGUCAUAAGAGAUAUCUUGAUUUGUUACUAAUUCAUUCUAACUUACAGAAACUAACAAACAUGUUGCUCUUUGGCAAGCAUUGUUUGAAUAUGGGUCUGUAUCAUGCUGAUGUUUUCUUUUAUAUUUGUUUAAGAACGAAUGAGACAACUAUGUGUAAGAUUCCUAAUGGGACGAGGGAUCAGUCCUGACAGAAAAAUAAAUUGAUUAGUAUAACAUAAAUGGCUUUAUGCUUUUUGCUCAUUUUUGCUCAUAUGUAUGCACUUUUUUUAAAUGUCUAAAUCAAAAUGCAAAGCAUCUUUCUUUAACUGCCUUGCUAUGACCCCCCCCCCCCCCACACACACACACACACACACACAAACUCAAGUCUUACCCUACUGCCUAUUCUUUUGACUCAUUCUUUCAUUUUUCAGGUCCUUCUCUUACUGUUGUUGUCUCUGUGUGCAUGUGUGUAUGCAUGAAUGCAGCUCCAUAUUUCCUAAAUAUUUAGAGAAAAUUGCCAUAUUCAUUAGAACUAUACCAAGGCCCAGCUAUUACUGCCUUGAUGGUACUGCAAUGCAGUCUCAUGCUGAUUCUUAAGAUUUGAUAAAAAUAUAAACAUGAAUAGUCCAGCUGCUUUGGACAGAGAGCUCAUUUAGUUUACUUAACCCAACAAAUUUAGGUCCAAUAUGGUACUACAGUUGAAAGUGUGGCUACAGAGGCUGUACAGAAAAUAACUGUAAAUGGGUAUCUGUACCCCUAACCUAGGACGCACUCCUGGGCCUUCGACAUAUUACUGUUUUCACCUCAUGCCAAACCAGUGCUAUUUAUAAGCUUUUUGAUAUGGGAUAGACCUGUGCCUGGUUGGUAAGAGAACCUAAUUGGUGCUAAUUUGACCUACACUGGCAACGUAAUCUUGUGGUGCUAUUCUCUCUCUCUCUCUCUCUCUCUCUCUCAUUUUUUUUCCUCUAAAUUCACUAUGGAUGUACACUUGAGUGACUGUGACCUAAGCUGGUUCGAUUCCCUGGACCAGCAGGAAUGGCUGAAGUGCCCUUGAGCAAGGCACCUAACCCCUAACUGCUCCCCAGGCUGCUCUGGGUAUGUUGUACGUCACUCUGAAUAAGAGCGUCUGCUAAAUGCCAUUAAUGUAAUGCAAUUAAUGUAAUGUAAUGAGUAAUCCACUUUAUUUUAACAGUAAUCCAUAUUUGUGCAUUGGUGUAUUUUCUGAUGAAUCACAGUUACCAGAUUUAAUAUUGGAAUCCUUAAGGGAACAUUCAUUUUUAACCAGCCUUAUUAUCAGUUUGCACACUAAUUCAUACUAGCUUUACAUAUACAUGUUGUUCUGUAGCAGCGUGCCGGUGUUGAUGUUCUCAGUUCAUGUUCAUUGUCAUGAGUUUAUCUAUACCUGUAUUAAAAUGCAUUCAUACUCGUUACAUACCAGAUAGAUUUAAAGAUUAGGAGAACAAAACUUUUUCUCUUUUCUUUUUAUAUAUUUUGUUUUCAUUCUGGCAUCACCCUGGCAUGUUUUUGUGCUGUAUCAUUUCAUCAUUCAUUUCACUCAUCAAUAAACACAA